AUGGUUGAUAGAAUUUCAGGCCAGGCAGCUACAUGGCUGUUAAACGCGGUUGAAAAAUUGCUGCUUAGUGACGCGUUCCUCCCUUCCUUGCUGCUCUCCCUGCAGUUGGCGGUUCUCGAAGAGGAGCUUCCCCUUGACCUACCCCUUGAAGGGCCUGACGCGCUUGCUGAGGCGGACGCGUGGUGCAGCAGCCCCGCUACCGCCCCUGCGACAUCCGAUGGCGCAUCCCGCGCUCCCCGCGCCCCGCCGUCCGCCGUCGCAGACGCGGCGUCGCUUAAGGGCAAGGUGCUCGCGGCACUCGCGCGCUUCAACCCGCGCCAUCUGCGGCGCGCCGCGUCGUCUUCAUCAUCCGGCAAAGAAGCCAUACCUGCUGCGCCUCCGCCUGGAAGCGCGGAGUUCGCCAGGCGCCACGGGAACCAACCCCCGGUCGCAAUGGCUCCAGCGGCUCAUCGUGGCUUUAGUCGCGCGGUGACGAUGUGUGGUGACGAUGCUGAGUCAGAACAGGGCUGGGUUGACGUGGAGGAUCCUGUGCUCAUGAUGACAGACACACGCAUCCGCCACCGCGCGCCGCCCGGUUCUAGAAGCAGCACCGUCAUGAUGGGACGGCAGGGAGGAUUCGCACAGCAGGAACGGCAUUCUGAGAUCACUGGGACACAUUUUUCCAGAGGAGCUGCAGGAGUGAUUAACCCGUCUGCUCCCGUGCAACUCCAGCGUGCUCCUUCCCUUGAAGCUGCACAGCGGGGAAGCAGAAACCACGCUACCUACCCAGGUGCUAUCUCAGACGCUGCUGCAAAGCUGCUGUAA